AUGCUGGGCGUUGCUUCGGCUGCCCCUACUGCCACCAUUGAGAAGCGCGCCCAACAGUGCGGUCAGUGGGACAGCAAGGUCACUGGCGCCUACACCCUGUACCAGGACCUCUGGGGCAUCUCCGGCUACACUGGCUCCCAGUGCUCCGACAUCAACUCCCUCAGCGGCACUACUCUCAACUGGUGGACCACCUGGUCAUGGGCCGGCGGUUCAAGCCAAGUCAAGUCCUACGCCAACGUCGUCACCAAGACAAAUGCCGUCCAGAUCAGCAAGAUCAAGUCCCUCGCUACCAGCUGGAAGUGGGUCCAAACCGGCAGCAACGUCGUCGCCGACGUCGCGUACGACAUCUUCACCUCCUCGACCGCAGGCGGCAAAAACGAAUACGAAAUCAUGGUCUGGCUGGCCGCACUCGGCGGCGCCGGCCCCAUCUCCGCCACCGGCUCCCCUAUCGCCACCGUCACCGUCGCCGGCCACUCUUGGAAGCUGUGGUAUGGCAACAACGGUGUCAAUGAGGUUUACUCCUUCACCCCCAACGGCAGCAAUGUCAGCAGCUUCAAUGGCGAUUUGAUGGAUUUCUUUGCAUACUUGAUCAAGAGUCAGGGAUUCAAGGAUAGCCAGUACCUUAUUUCUGUUGGUGCUGGUACUGAGCCUUUUACUGGUUCUAACGCCAAGCUCACCUCUGCUUACAGCUUGGUUCCUGCUUACAAGUAA